GUAGCAUGUCUCCGGGGCCAUAAAAAAGCUGUGGUUUUACUUCUCUCUAAAGGGUUUAGGGCCGACCUUAAAGAUCUCAACAACCGUACCGCGCUUCACGAAGCCGCUUCUCGUGGUCAUAUUAAAACCAUCAGACGUCUUUUGGAGAAAGGAGCAGCAAUCAAUGCAAAAGAUGACCUCGGUUGGACUCCACUUCAUGAAGCAGCUGCUUGUGGCAAGAACAAGGCAGUGAGCCUGCUUGUUGAGAAAGGAGCCGACAUGAUUAUGAGGAAUUAUCAUGGCUGCACUGCGUUUCAUGAGGCAGCUGCUAGCGGCAGUGUCGGCUCAGUCCGUUAUCUUUGCAACAAA